AUGUCGAUAUACUUUUACUCCUGUACUUACAAACGCCUCCCAGCUGUAACAUUUCAAUUCUCCCUCAUCGGUAACAAUCCCGGUGCAACUCAGCUAUGGAAAGAACUGUACAACGAUCGAGAAUUCGGAACAUACACCAACGUGCUACCGCUUGGAUGGGAUCUCGAAUGCCAACUCGAGGAAGAUAAGCGGUUUGUGGUAUAUUCGUAUUCCUCUUUGGAAAAUAGCUUCCGAAGAUCUUACUUAGUGCAAUUUUACCCAAGGUAAAGUUUCUUACCUCAACUCUAGCUCAGGACUCCGUUGACCGUGGAGCACAGUGGGUUCGGCAGGAUUACUACGACAAUACCGAGCAAGACUACCUCGCCAAGAGGGUUUAUGUCGAGGAAAGUGAUUCCGGUGACGACUGGGAGGAUUAA